AAGUUGGGGAGAGACUAGAGAGCGAAAGUCCCCUGCUAUUAUCUCAUUCCUUCCUGCUUUUUACACAGAAAUCCACAGCAGUGGCCUUGUCACAAUUAUGUAACUAUCACAUGGGUAAAAUCGUAUUUUUGUUGCUCACCUCUGCUCAAGCCGCCUCAUAACUCUGCUCUCUGUCUCAGACUCGCUAGGGAGAGACAGAAAGCUGAAAAAGGCGUGGGCUUUUGAGAGAGAAAGAGAGAGGAGUGAGGAGCCUAGCUGAAAUAGAGAGUAUUCUGGGCGGGCAGGCAGCUAAAUAAAGAAAGAGAGCUUACAGAUAGAGAGAAAGAGAACUUAAUGUGCACGCCAAUACAGUGGAGAAAGCAACAGUCUAACUCUGCAAAUGGCAAAGUUAGGGUUUUGGUUUUCGAAAUUCGCAUUCUCUCCAUCGCUUCACUGAGUUCCAUACUGCCAUAGAUAAAAGAGCUUCCUUCCACUCUCACCGGAAAAGAAACUUUGUAAUUCGCUGCAAACAUGCUGGAAUACGAAUGGGGAAACCCAUCAACGAUGAUGCUCUCUGGAGACGAACCCACCCAAGACCCAGACCAGAACCGCCAGAUUUUCGAUCAUUACACUGCUCAAUCCUUCAACGGUAACCUUGUUCCCCAACCCACUACAGCUUUAUUUCACCACCCAACAACACAUCAGGUCAACUGUCUUUAUGACCCACGAGCCUACGCCAGCGCCACCUCCUACACACCUUCCCAUCCUUCCCUCCUCUCCGUAGACCCCAUCCCCAACCCCGCAGGAGCCGGUCCCUCAUAUUUCCUCGUUCCAAAGAGCGAGGAGGUCUCUCGACCCUCAGAUUAUUCGGCGAGGAUUGGGCUGAAUUUGGGCGGUCGGACCUACUUCUCUUCAUCGGAGGAUGAUUUCGUGAAUCGCCUUUAUCGCCGGUCCAGACCGGUGGAGGCCGGUUCGUCGAAUGCACCCAGGUGCCAAGCUGAGGGGUGCAAUGCCGAUCUGACCCACGCAAAGCACUACCAUAGGCGCCACAAGGUCUGCGAAUUUCACUCAAAAGCGUCUACCGUCAUAGCUGCCGGUUUGACUCAACGAUUCUGCCAGCAAUGUAGCAGAUUCCAUCUCCUUUCAGAAUUCGAUAAUGGAAAGCGCAGUUGCAGAAAGAGAUUGGCCGAUCACAAUCGCCGCCGCCGAAAAUCACACCAGAUAAAUCAAGAAAAUCACAGGUCACAAUCGGCAGAAAAUGCCCGCAAUUCUCCUUCUGAGAAUCUCACAAGUUCUCCACCCGACUAUGCAGUUCAUAAUUCCUCGUCCUCGGUGACUGUGGCAGUAUCGCCGCCUCGAAUUUUUUUGGAUUGUUUCAAGCAUAGACCAUAUCAGGCUACUGCAUCUUCUUCCUCCGCCUCAUCAAGUUCACUGUUUUUCUCAAGUGGGUAGUACUCAUAGUGCCACUGAAAAUUUAAGGAGGCUUAUUUAGCAAUAACAUAGUCUUUACGUCUAAUUUUCCCUUUUUUUUUUUUGUAAUUUCUCCCCCUUAUAUUUCGAUGUUCACCCUUGAAUUGGUGUUAUUUAUAACAUCAAGUGGAGUAUCAACCAAUAUAUAUAUGUUUAAAUGUA